UCGCGCUCCGCAUCUCCUCACAUCAUGACGGAAUCGGGCCGGACUCCCUGCAACUUGCCCUCGGAGAAAGUCUUCUCAAUCCAGAUUGGCUCGGAGUUGUUUCGUCUCUCUGGCGCUUCGAUUGCCUCAGAUGCUCCGUCCUACUUCUCCCAGUUCUUCGAAGAGCAAUUGUGCACACCCGAUGCCUCCAAAAUUCGAACCCUCUAUAUUGAUCGCGACCCUGCCACCUUCCACGAGAUUGCCAGGCACUUGCAAGGUUACCAUGUGCGCCCUCGGGAUGGCGCCCAGUUUGUCAAGCUGUUCGCCGAUGCUCAAUUCUAUACUCUGCCCCGAUUGAUGUCCCAACUGUUUGAAUCCGAGAUCUUCAUCCAGAUCGGCGACCGCCAUUUUCAGAUCCCCCGCGACAUCUUCAACAGUCCCGGCGACUCGCCCAACUUCUUUAGCCUCGGAUUUGGUGCUUUCUUCGCCUCGCCCUCCGAAGUGUUCCCCGGUCUCGACCGUGUAGGCCUCCUGCGACCUCCCGCUAUCGUCCCCCCGGCGGUCCCCAAUCGAUCUGCAGACGUCUUCUCAGAACUGCUACAUCUCUUGCGCGGUUAUCCUUUACAAAUUCGAAAUGAGAUUCACCGUGCCGAGCUCCUGCGUGACUGUCGGUACUUCCAUCUGCGAGGCCUGGAGCAGAAGUUGAUACCCCAUCAAAUCGCCGUUAAUCCCUUCAGCCAGCGCUCCGAGAUCAUUAUUCGACUGGAAGAUGUGCGACCGUCCGGCAUUCAAUCCACCCAGGAUGCAGCAUCACCAUUCGUUGGCGGCUCGAUCAUGUAUACCCGGCCCUUUGUGGACGACGAUCCCGCUGACUUGAUCCUGGAGGUUGGUGAUGAGUCCACACUGGUGCACUGUGCAAGUCAACGCGCCAACUUUGUCGGCCUGGCCAAAUCUCGCAUGGCCAGUCUUCUACAGGUAGUAGGCAAGAAGAUGAACCUACCAGAUCCGCAUCUAGGGGGGCUUCCCGUAAAAAUUCGCCUAGAGCGGGAGACGGAUCUCACCAUUGACGGUGAAUCGGAUGUCCAGCGUACAGGUAUAGAACCCGAACCCGAGGUGAGCGAUGCACCUCCGGCGAAGCGCCCGCGUUCCGAGGGAUCCAAGAACGGACCUUGGAUCGUUCGAACUGGACAGUGGCGGCUGCACGUUCAACCAAGUGGCAACGGCGCAUACGAAGCAAUCUUGAUAGCCGUGAAGCUGGACGUCUAUACUACACCGCGGGUUCGCAAUCAGGCUCGCAAUUUCUUAUAA